AUGACCAAGCUUCUCGUUAUUAUUGGCGUUACUGGCCAGCAGAGAAAGGGGUCCUCUAUUGCUAGAGAAUUUCUGGAUUUGCCCAGUUGGAAAGUUCGGGGUAUCACUAGGAAUCCAUCCAGUCAAAAUGCUUUGCAUUGGGCGGCUGAGGGCGCUGAAAUCGUGAAAGGCGACCUAGAUGACACGGCUUCCCUUCGAGCCGCCUUUCAAGGGGCCCACGCCAUAUUUGCAAACACCGAUUUCUUCAGCCACAUGUUCGAUGGCACACACGUGCCUGAUACAGCAUUGCAGUACGCUUUCGACAGGGAAGUUGAACAGGGGAUGAAUGUUGCCCAUGCUGCGUCUGAUCCAAGCGUCCUCAGAACACUGGAACAUUUUGUAUACUCAUCACUUAGUGAUGCCUCGCGGCUCAGCGGAGGGAAGUACACCACUGUUUAUCACUUUGACUCUAAGGCCAGAACCAUUGACUUGAUCAAAAGUCAGUGUCCGGAGCUGGCUAAGCGUAUGAGUGCCCUGCAAAUGGGCCACUACGUCACAAACUGGAAAGCUGUACAAGCGAUGGCUCUGAAGCGCCAACCGAAUGGGGUGUACCUCACCAAGAGGCCUUUCUCUGGAGACUUGCAAAUACCCUUUGUCGUUCCAGGAAAAGAUACGGGAGCAUUUGUCAAGGCAUUAUUGGAUGUUCCUCCCGGGAAGACUCUCGUCGGUGUAUCUGAGAUGAUGAGCUUUUCGACGUGGGUAGAGAUUUGGGGUCGUGUAUUAGAUGUCCAGGCUGCGUACCAAGAAGUAGCCCCUAGUGACUUCUAUAAGGACUUUCCAGAGCCACUUGGCCAAGAGCUGAUGGACACGAACGAAUACAUGAUUGAGUUUGGGUACACCGGUGGAGAUCCUGAAGUCAUGUAUCCAAGCGCGUUGGACCCGAAUAUCAAGACGACCUCCAUGGAAGAUUAUAUCAAGGGCGAAGACUGGUCUAGAGUGCUGGACGAGUAA